AUGAGGAAGCUCUUGAUGAACUUGUUGGUUCUGCUGGCAUUGGCCACUUCGCUAGUUCGAGGCGAUGAAGAUUUUCUAAGAGAGCCGCCAGAUUACAUCAAAGAAUGUAAAAUUGCCGACAAAGAUUUCGUCAAUUGCUCCACCCAAAGCAUACAGCAGCUCUUCGAUAAACUCAACGAUGGCAUACCGGGUCUGACGAGCAUCAAGAGCUUUGAUCCCUUCCAUUUGAAUCGCAUUCGCAUCUCGCAGGGCAACAGCAAUGCGAUUAAUCUGAAAGUCGAGCUGGCCAAUGUCAAAAUCAUUGGCUUCGGUCAUACCAAAGUGCUUGAGAGUCUUGUAUUUAAAAAGGAUUAUAGCUGGAAGACCACAUUCGUGCUGCCAGUGAUGAAGCUUCAUGGCAAUUACAGUUUAUUCGGACGCAUAUUGCUCAUACCGCUAAAUGGGCGUGGUCAAGUAUUUCUCGAUGCAGAUAACAUGACUAUAACUAUGCAUACCAAGACGCGUUUGUACUCCAAGGGCGGAUUCACAUUUUACAAUGUCACCAAUUGUCGCGUGGACUUCAAAAUGGACGGUCUGCGAUCCUAUUUCUCCAAUCUUUUCAAUGGCAACAAGCAAUUGGAGGACAGCACAAAUAAAUUCUUCAAUGACAAUUGGCGCAUGCUGGCCGAUGCUUUAUACACAGUAAUUACGCAAACCGUGGAGGAUAUUCUGCUGGAUGUGCUAAAGAAAAUCUUUCACUUUAUACCCGCCAAUUUCUUUGUCAACGAUAUACCAACACCCGAGCAACUCUAUGGCAAAGUAAAGCCUAAGCCAAAGUAG